UCAAUUCAAGAAACAUUAUCCCCUCGCUCAACGUCCAUCUUCACCCUCUCAAGAAGCCAUCGCUAAAACCUUUCCCUUUGGCUAAUGGAAGUUUGAAACCGGGAAAAUGGCAAUCUCAAUCGCCUCUCUCACAACAUCACUCUCUUCACUCUCAUUUUCCUCUCAAAUUUCCCAGAAACCAAACACCCUCUCAUUUUCCCGGUCGAAUUCUCUUUCUUUCUCACUCUCCCACCCCUCCAAACAACCCCUUACUCUCCGUGUUUCCGCCACCGUUUCCUCGCCUGAAAUCACCACCACCACCACGGACCUCAAGAAAUUAGUGAAAUCGAGACUCCCUGGUGGUUUCGCCGCUCAACCUAUUCAUGGCACUGGCCGCCGUAAAUGCGCUAUUGCGCGUGUUGUUCUUCAGGAAGGCACUGGCAAGGUUAUCAUCAAUUACCGUGAUGCCAAGGAAUAUCUUCAAGGCAAUCCAUUGUGGCUUCAAUAUGUGAAAGUCCCACUGGUAACUUUGGGGUAUGAGAGCAGCUAUGACGUGUUUGUCAAAGCUCAUGGAGGUGGCCUCGCUGGUCAGGCUCAAGCAAUCUCCCUUGGUGUUGCCCGCGCAUUGCUAAAGGUGAGUCAGGACCACAGAAUCCCUUUGAAGAGGGAAGGGCUUCUAACCAGAGACUCGAGAAUAGUUGAGAGGAAGAAGGUUGGUCUCAAGAAAGCUCGCAAGGCCCCACAAUUUUCCAAACGUUAAGGUUGGAAAUUAUUGCUCAAGUCUCCGCUUAUCUGCCUUUGUUUGUACAUGUUCUUGUAGCUUGGUCUGUUAAAAAAAAUUCCAUGUAUUUCAGCAUCAGAUACAAUAUUAUUUUUGGGUGAGCAGAAGGAAUUUACUUU